GCCUGAAUCCGCACCCUAAAUCAGGGGUAACACCGUGAAAGUGACUGCGGCUUGCGCUAACAAGAGGGAGAAGUCAGGCCAAAAGCGUUUUCCUUGGGGGGGGUCUUCCUCCAGACCCAGCCAGCCGUGACUCUUCUGAGCCGAAGCGCAGCAGGAGCAGAGCCAGGGCUGCCACUGGUGCGGGUGUGAUGGUUUGGGGCAGAUGCUGGACAGCCUCUGGCACCGAGCACCCCUCCUUCCGGCUGCUUUUUCUUUCAAAGGGAGGUUGACGAUGCCCCGGUGGCUUCAGGCAUAGCUCCUGUCACACCAGCAAAAAAAAAUCUGUUGCUGAAACGUCAGAUGGCCCCAGCAGCUGGAGCUCCCCCCGCCCCGAAUUUGGGCAGCAGCUGGAGAGGGCGAGGUGGCCCCGCGGAGCCUUUGUCCCUCCGUGUCCGAGCGUGCAACAGCUUGGGUGUAAGGACCUGUUUGCUGCAGCUCAGGAUCCCAUGCAAAGGGACCCUGAAGGUUUCUGGGGCGCUGCCGGCUGCGGGGUGUGGGGCACUGCGGGCGGAAGCGCGGCCCCAUGACUUUUAGCUGCCACCGCGGGCUUGGGUGCCGUGUGCGAGGGGCACCGGGGCUGGCUCCGAGCAUCCUUUCGGUGCUCAUGCAUGUGCUCAGCUCACCCAGGAGAACAUGAGUGCAAACAAGAUGGGAUGGGGCCCCCCACAAAGAGGAGCUCCCCCCAAAGCCUGGGGGUGGCUGGAAAAAAAAAAAUGACAUUAGUGGAAGGUGUGAAAUGCCAUGGACAGCAGCCGAUGGCAUGGGAUGUCACUGGGACGGACCACGGGGCUGUGCCAGAAUAGCACCCGAUCCUGCGUGCCACAAACCUCACCCGUGGGUCCCCCGUGGCGUCGUGCGUGGAAAAAGGGUUCGGAAAGUGCUUCCCUCCCUGCAGCCCCGGGAGGCACAGGGCAGAACGCUGGCGAGGCGGGUGAGCCCCAUGUCUUUUUUUUUUUUUUUCUAAGCAGGAGAGGAAAAGGGUCAGAUGUCUUCGCCCCUCCAUCAUGCAAUAGGAAAGUAUUGUUUACGAAGCAGCCGAGUCAAACGUGCGCUCCGCUCUGCCUGGAAACGCUGAGUGAGUGAAAUUACACAAAAACGACACUGAGAUUGGCCUCCCCGAUAAGCCCGAGGGCCGCUUUUGGGUGAGGGGAGGACAGAAACUGCGAAGAAAAGGAGGGAGAUGCGCUAACCGCGCUCCUUCGCCGUGCCGUGCCGUGCCGUGCCGUGCCGGCAUCACCGUGCCGUCCCGCCGGGGCUGGCUUUUCCGGCAACCUGAGCUCUCGGCAGCCUUCUGGGCAGAUGGAGGUUGUGGCUUUCCGUGGGAGCGCCGCUGACAGGAUGUCCAUGAGGAGCCCCGUUUCUCCCCACCUGGAGCUCGAUGGAGCGGGCAGCAUGGUGAACUGCACCAUCAAGACGGAGGAGAAGAAGGAGGGCGGCUACGAGUCCCCGCCGGGGACUGCCCCCAGCACCGAGCCCCGUCCCAACGACACGCCGGGGCCACCGCCGAGGGAGGGCACCGACCCCCAAGCCCUGCCGCAGGAGUCCUGCUCGCCCGCCGGCGAUGCGCUGGAGCCCAGGCGCUCUGCCUUCGAGCCAGCUGUCAGCGGCCAGGAGAAGCUGGACUUCAACAGGAACUUGAAGGAGGUGAUGCCAACCAUCGAGAAGUUACUGUCCAGCGACUGGAAGGAGCAGCUGCUGGGCCGAAACGCCGCUGAGUCCAAGGAAGUGAAGGGAACCCAGGAGAGCCUGGCAGAGAAGGAGCUCCAGUUACUUGUCAUGAUCAACCAGCUGUCCACGCUGCGGGACCAGCUCCUGACGGCCCACUCGGAGCAGAAGAACAUGGCUGCGAUGCUCUUUGAGAAGCAGCAGCAGCAGAUGGAGCUGGCACGGCAGCAGCAAGAGCAGAUCGCCAAGCAGCAGCAGCAGCUCAUCCAGCAGCAGCACAAAAUCAACCUGCUGCAGCAGCAGAUCCAGCAGGUCAACAUGCCCUAUGUCAUGAUUCCCGCCUUCACCCCCAGCCACCAGCCUCUCCCCGUCGCUCCCGACUCCCAGUUGGCGCUGCCCAUCCAGCCCAUCCCCUGCAAACCAGUGGAUUACCCGGUGCAGCUGCUGCACAGCCCCCCUCCUUCCACGCUGAAGAGACCCGCCGGCUCGGGCCACCUCCAGAUGCAGGAGACCUCGCAGCCGCUGAACCUGACGGCCAAACCCAAAGGCUCCGACCUCCCCAGUGCCUCCAGCUCGCCCAGUUUGAAAAUGAGCGGCUGCCAGUCCCUCACGCCGAGUCAUGGGACCGCCAGGGACCUGCAGACCAGCCCGUCCAACCUGCCUCUGGGGUUCUUGGGCGAAGGCGAUGCCAUCACCAAAGCCAUCCAGGACGCGCGGCAGCUGCUGCACGGCCACAGCGGGGCCAUGGAGGGAUCGCUGAGCAACGCCUACCGCAAGGACCACGUCGGGAUUGAUUCUUCCCCAGUGAAGGAGCGGAUGGAGGAGACCCCUGCCCACCGGCCAGAUGAGGCUCUGUUGACCUGUGAGAUGGACGGCUCACGGCACUUCCCCGAGUCCAGGAACAACAACCACAUCAAGCGGCCCAUGAAUGCCUUCAUGGUGUGGGCGAAGGAUGAGAGGAGGAAGAUUUUGCAGGCCUUCCCGGACAUGCACAACUCCAGCAUCAGCAAGAUCCUGGGCUCACGGUGGAAGUCCAUGACAAACCAGGAGAAGCAGCCCUACUACGAGGAGCAAGCCCGGCUGAGCCGGCAGCACCUGGAGAAAUACCCCGACUAUAAGUACAAGCCCCGACCCAAACGCACUUGCAUCGUGGAGGGGAAGCGGCUGCGUGUGGGCGAGUACAAGGCGCUGAUGAGGAACCGGCGGCAGGACACCAGGCAGGGCUACUUGAUAGGGCCCCAGGGCAGCCAGAUGCCCCCCACCUCCUCGGACGUGCUGUACCAGCGGCCGGUGGGCAUGAAGCUGACGCCCCCCCUGAUGGAGCACUACCUGCCCCGCGGCAUGGACCCCAGCAUGCCCAUCAUCGUCAACACCUGCAGCCUCAAGGAGGGCGACGGCGGUGACGACGGGCACUCAGUGGCUGAUGGUGAGAUGUACCGCUACAGCGAGGAGGAGGACUCGGAGGGCGAGGACAAGAGCGAUGGCGAGCUGGUGGUGCUGACAGACUGAGGGGGGGCCGGGGGGGGGGGCGGCAGGUGGGGGCAGCAGGGCUGGCUGCCACCAACAAGGAGGUCACAGCAUCCCCUGACGGGACAGGACUCCGCCGAAGGGCUGCACUGGGAGCAGAGGGGAGCUGCUACCCCGGCAGGCAGGAGUUGCUGCUGCCUGCCUGCAAACGGGUCCUAUGAAGGUGGGUGCCCAGCAUUUCGGGUGGGGUGCUUCCCAGGGGGGGUGACGAGCAGCGACGUGCGCUGCAUGGGGCCACGGCCGGGAUGUGCCGACCCCGCUGGGCAAGCUGGUGAGGGCUGGCUCGGUCUUGCUCCGGCGGCAGGGGCAUGGGGAACUGAGGCCACCUGGCCCAGGGAUAUGGGUGCCACGGCUGCUGAGUUGUCACCCACUCGCAGCCCCCCCGGGAGGAACCUGAGGGUAUCGGGGUGUGGGAAGACCUCCAGAGCAUCUCCCAGCCCUCAGGCACCCGGGGGUCUCUUGCAGAGAGCCUCACCUGCAGCAGCUGCCAGCCCCUGCUGCCGGGGACGCGGGACGGGGACACGCUUGUCCCGCGCUCAGCCCGGUCUGACCUCCCCGCUGCGUUUCCCACUCAGUCUUUAGAGCCUGCCAGCAAAUUCCCAUGGAGCCAUUUUUAGCUCUCGCCUGGCCCGAGUACCAGCCAAAGGCUCCAAGGAGCCCUUUAUGCUCCUGAGAGCUCUGGCCCACUUUGUAAAUAAAGCGGGUGCCUGUUCCUUGGCUGCACCGUUGCCCCGGCACAAGCCCCGGCUGUCGUGGGUACAUGUCCUGUCCAUCCCUGGGCGCCCAUCCCUCUUGCACCCUGGCUCUGCAAGCUGCGGGCUCCACCUGUGAUCUGCACUGUGAAAACCACAGAGGGAGAGAGAAAUCACAGCAAUUAAAAAAAAAAAAAAAGUAAAAAAUAUACCUUGCUCCUUGAGCCUGGCCCGGGGGGGUUUUGGGGUGUUGUGUGGCCAGCUGUGCACGCACGGUGUCCGGCU